AUGAAUUUCCUCCGAAGGCGUCUCUCAGACAGUAGUUUUGUGGCUAAUUUGCCCAAUGGCUACAUGAUGGACCUGCAGCGCCCUGACAACUCCACUAGCUCUCCAGUUUCUCCUGCCAUGGAGAGAAAACAUCCGCAGCCACUGCAGCCAUCCCACGCUUCCUCUCCUGGCACCAGCAUUUUCAGCUCCAUCUCUAGCGCCAUGAAGCAAACCACACAAGCAGCCGCAGGACUAAUCGAUCACUCAGCCAGCCCCGCACCACCUGUGGCCCAGAAACCCAAGAUCCUCUUGGUGAUUGAUGAUGCACACACAGACUGGGCCAAAUAUUUCCAGGGGAAGAAGGUGAAUGGAGAAUUUGAUAUCCGAGUGGAACAGGCUGAGUUCUCUGAGCUGAACCUGGCUGCUUAUGUCACUGGCGGCUGCAUGGUGGACAUGCAGGUCACGAGGAAUGGCACCAAGGUGGUAAGUCGAUCCUUCAAGCCUGACUUUGUUCUGAUCCGGCAGCAUGCCUACAGCAUGGCACUAGGAGAGGACUUCCGCAGCCUCAUCAUCGGCCUCCAGUAUGGUGGAAUCCACACAGUCAACUCCCUCUACUCCAUCUACAACUUCUGCAGCAAGCCCUGGGUGUUCUCUCAGCUUAUUAAAAUCUUCAACUCACUGGGUCCUGAGAAGUUCCCCCUCGUGGAGCAAACGUUCUUCCCAAACCAUAAGCAGAUGCUGACAACCCCGAAUUUCCCUGUAGUGGUCAAACUGGGACAUGCUCAUGCUGGAAUGGGGAAGGUCAAAGUUGAGAGCCAAUAUGACUUCCGAGACGUGGCUAGCAUAGUAGCCAUGGCAAAAACCUACGCCACCACCGAGCCGUUCAUCGACUCCAAGUACGACAUCCGAAUCCAGAAAAUCGGCAGCAAUUACAAGGCUUACAUGAGGACAUCCAUCUCUGGAAACUGGAAGGCAAACACAGGUUCGGCCAUGCUAGAACAGAUUGCAAUGACAGAGAGGUACAGACUCUGGGCGGACGCCUGCGCAGAAAUGUUUGGAGGUCUUGAUAUUUGCGCUGUCAAAGCUGUCCACAGCAAAGAUGGAAAAGACUAUAUCAUUGAGGUGAUGGACAGCUCAAUGCCUCUGAUUGGGGAGCAUGUGGAAGAGGACAGACAGCUUAUAGCAGAUCUGGUUGUUUCCAAAAUGAGUCAGCUUGUCAUAGCUGCUGGAUCUACCCCAUCACCACUGAGGCCUUGGCCUCCACAAGUUCAGCCUCAGUCAGUGAAAUCUCAGCCUGGACCUCAGCUUGGACAACUGUCCCAACCACGGCCUCCUCCCCAAGGUGGACCACGCCAACCUCAGGGAUCUCAGCCUCCACGGACAACUGCACCACCCCAGCAACGGCUUUCUCCACAAGGACAGCAGCCUCAGAGUCCCCAGUCCACUUCACCUCAGCAACAAAGAUCCCCUGGAUCUCCACAGCAAGUCCGAUCAGCAACUGGGUCCUCCCCAGUGCAGGCUUCCAAGCCAGGUGUCUUUCCACCACAGCAGCCUAGACCUCCUGCUCAAGGCCGGGCUCCUAGCCAGCCAAGCCCCACUGACGUGUCCAAGCAGCAGGCCACUCCACACCCACAUCUGAACAAAUCACAGUCCCUGACAAACACCUUCAGCAUAUCUGAAUCAUCUCAGCGGGGAAAUGCCAAUGAAGAUGAAGCAAAAGCUGAGACCAUCCGCAAUCUGAGGAAAUCAUUUGCUAGCCUGUUUUCUGACUAACAGCCUUGUAGUCAGAUCUGUGCUUAUGUCAGCUCUCACUCUUCGUAUCAACCUAA